AUGAUGCUGGUAAGCUCUAUUUAGCAACCUCAGAUUUUGCUUCUUCGUGAAGGCACUGAUACCUCUCAAGGCCGUGGACAGAUUUUGUCAAAUAUUGGAGCUUGUACAGCCAUCGUGGAGUGCGUCAAGUCAACCUUAGGGCCAAGAGGGAUGGAUAAGCUUAUUCAUGUAGGUGAUAAAGCGACGAUUACAAAUGAUGGGGCGACUAUCAUUAAUCUGCUUGAUAUUGUGCAUCCAGCUGCGAAGUCACUGGCUGAUAUUGCGACUGCACAGGAUAAUGAGAUUGGGGAUGGGACUACUUCUGUGGUCGUGCUAGCUGGAGAGUUUCUGAAAGAAGCUAGAGAGCUGCUGGAAGAUGGGAUGCACCCUAGAGUGGUUAUUAGAGGGUUUAGAGAAGCUUGCCAGAAAGCGGUGGGGAAGAUCAGAGAUAUUGAGCACAAGGUAAAUGCUGCAGAUACCAAAGAAUUCAGAGAAUUAUUGAUAAACUGUGCCAAAACUGCUUUGAACUCCAAACUUGUCAGCUCUUACAAAGAAUUCUUCGCUGAAAUGGUUGUUGACGCCAUAUUAAAGCUUGAUGCCGAUUUAGACAAAUCAAUGAUUGGAAUUAAGCACGUCAAAGGUGGAAGUGUGACCAAUUCCUUUUUGGUUGACGGUGUAGCAUUCAAAAAGACUUUCUCCUAUGCAGGAUUUGAGCAGCAGCCAAAAAAGUUCGAAAACCCUAAAAUAAUUAUGCUGAAUUUAGAGCUGGAACUAAAAAGCGAAAAGGAAAACGCUGAAAUCAGGAUUGAAAACCCUGAACAAUAUCAGAGCAUUGUUGACGCAGAAUGGGAAAUUAUUUAUCAAAAGCUAGAUAAAAUUGUCCAAUCCGGCGCACAAGUUGUAUUAUCAAAAUUACCAAUUGGAGAUUUAGCUACACAAUAUUUCGCUGACAGACAACUGUUCUGUGCUGGAAGAGUACCUAUAGAAGAUCUACAAAGAAUUGCAAAGGCUUCUGGAGGACAAAUUUUGACAACUGUUUCAAAUGUUCCGGCUGAAGCUUUGGGGUCAUGUGCAAUUUUUGAAGAAGUCCAGCUGGGAGGGGAAAGAUACAACAUUUUCAGAGGUUGCCCAAGCUCACAUUCGGCUACCAUUGUAUUAAGAGGAGGCUCUGAACAGUAUAUAGAAGAAGCUGAAAGAUCCUUAAAUGACUCAAUAAUGAUCGUCAAAAGAGCCCUUAAAAAUUCCAACGUUGUAGCUGGAGGUGGAGCUAUUGAAAUGGAGUUAUCCAGAUUUUUAAGAGAUUACAGCAGAUCUAUCAGUGGAAAGCAACAGCUAGUCAUUAAUUUGUUUGCAAAAGCUUUAGAAGUGAUCCCAAGGACACUUGCAGAAAAUGCUGGAUUUGACGCAAUUGAAAUUUUAAAUAAACUCAGACAAAAGCAUUCUGUAGGUGGAGUUGAAGGAAGAUGGUUUGGGGUUGACAUCAAGAAUGGAGGAAUUUGCAACACCUUUGAUAAUUUUAUAUGGGAGCCGUCACUUGUGAAAAUCAAUGCUAUCUCAGCAGCUACUGAAGCAGCUUGUUUAGUUUUAAGCGUUGAUGAAACUGUUAAAGCACCUAAAAAUGAACAAGAGGUAACAGCAGCAGAAAAAGCUUUAGCAGCAAGAGGAAGAGGCAGAGGCAGAAGAUUCUAA